GUUGUUACAUGUUUCAGCAUCGGACGAUGAAGCGCCCAUUGGAUGGGAACCAAGUCGCUGCUUUGGAGGAUGUGAGGUUGCCAAUUUCCACAAUGCUUUUCACCCAGGGAGUUCCUAGCGACAGCCCGCAGGAAUUUCACGUUGAUGCUACUUGGAUUUACGGUCAAACGCCACAGAUGCAGGACACCUCUGUCCGCGUGGUGCAGUGCAGAUCGUUGAAAGCUUUAAGGCUUCUUCAAGUCACCUCUCCACUUACAUAUCCAGGAUGUGGCAGCCAGGCAUGGGCGGGACCCUUGGGUGCAGCCGUGGCCCGGCAUUUGGAUGGUGUUUAUUGCAACGGCAUCGUGGUUCUGCUGGCGCCCGACCAUUUGGUGAUCGUGGAUGACGACAAGCAAGAAGGUUUGAGGCAACAGUUGAUAUCGGACAUGUUUACCCAGAGGAGCAUAGACGCACGCUGGACAGACUUCCGGCCAUGAGGUCUUGGUGUGUCACCAGGUCUGCAGGUGACCACGGGGUUUGGGGGAUACCUCUUUGGACCACGGUGACGGGGUGCGGCCAAAAGCGACGAACGAAGACGAAGCUCGAGAGCGAUUCUCUCACUGUGUUGCACCAAACACCGCGGUUGCCUUUGCAGAACCCGUGUUGCAUGCAGGCGAGCCAUUCAUUGCUGUCAUUUUUGGUGCAUGUUGCUGUGUGAAGAUGAUGCAAUUUUGGGCAACUUCAGAG